CUGUCAAAUGUUGCCCUGCACAAUGACGUGACGAUUUGUACAUAAUCUUAUCUAAAAUUUCGAUUGAUAUAAAUCUCCGCUGAAUCUAUAAAUACAAUUGUACAAAAUCUAUUUGCCAUGUCAUCAUUUAAAUUCAGAUUCAAUACAUUACUUCAUCCGUCUAAAAAUGAGAGUUUUUAAAUUAGUUUCGGUAUACUCUCUGCUAAUGGUGGGAAUUGUGAGUGCCAAUUGGGAAGGUGAAGAAUCUCUUAAGGCCCAAAGACUGGAAGGUCCGAUAGAAUUUUUAAUCAAUACGACGUUGAACACAAUCAUUAAGACAGUACCUGACCCUCUUAACAUCAACAAAACUAUCAACUUGGUAUUUAACAAUCAGACCCUCUUGGAGUAAGUAUCACUGCAUAUGCUUACCGGUAGGGGAAGUCCGGGAGAAUCAACAGUUUUCCACAAAAGAGCACAUAGUUUCUAGUAAAAUGAACAUACGCCUGGUUAAAGU